ACACCCAACCCAACCCAACCCAACUCCUCCUCCUCCGCCUUCUCGCGCUCUUCUAGGGUUUUGCCUCCUCCCGAUCCGGCUGCCGCGCUUCCAUCUCCGGCGGUCCGGUCUAUCCUCUCCGCUCCUUGCGCCUGCGCCGAUCUCCAUCUCGCUACCAGGGGAGGGGGAGAGGCGCUCGCCGCCGUCGUCCUGCUGCUUCUUGAUUCUUCGGAGCUAAGGCGGGGAGGGUUCUGCGGCCAGUAUGCUGUUCUUCUCCUACUUCAAGGAGCUCGUGGGGAAGGAGGUGACGGUGGAGCUCAAGAACGACCUGGCCAUCCGCGGCACGCUCCACUCCGUCGACCAAUACCUCAACAUCAAGCUCGAGAACACUCGGGUUGUCGACCAGGACAAGUACCCGCACAUGCUAUCCGUGCGAAACUGCUUCAUCAGGGGAUCGGUGGUGCGGUACGUGCUGCUUCCCCAGGAUGGCGUCGACAUUGACAUCCUCCAUGAUGCCACCAGGAGGGAGGCUCGCGGAGGCUGAUGAUCCACACCGUAUUUUCGCCCUUGGAGGAGCCCUAAAUCUGAUGUAUGGGGGACAUGUAUGGAGUAUGGUGUGACAGACAGCAAUAUUGACAGGGAGUUAAAAAAGUCUGUAGCAAUUCCUCCUGAUACUUGCAGUGACAAAACUAUCCAAAGAUUGCAUUUGGCGAUGCCAUAUGCUGCUUCCCUUUCUUGUGUACUCCAAUCAAUGUUUGUUAGAUCAACGGUGCCCAUUGGUUAGUUGAGAUGUUUUUUCAGGCCAUGUUCCUGAGAACAGGCUGCACAUUUGCAUGUUCCAGUUCA